GUUUUAAAUCAUCAGCAGCAUCUUUUAUCUGCAGAAAGCAUCGUCAAGCGCUGAUGUAUCGAUGAAUUUCUCCGGGAAACUAACAAACGCCCUCCUGCUGGUGCUCCUCGCAGCGCAAGGCUGUUUUUCAUCGAAGGGCGAGGACAGAUUAUUUCGGAGGUUGUUCAGGAGGUACAACCAGUUCAUCCGUCCUGUGGAGAAUGUCUCAGAUCCAGUCACAGUGGAGUUUGAGGUCUCCAUAUCUCAACUGGUCAAAGUGGAUGAGGUGAAUCAGAUCAUGGAAACCAAUCUUUGGCUGAGACAUGUCUGGAACGACUACAAACUGAAAUGGUCCCCUGUUGAGUACGAUGGGAUUGAGUUCAUACGAGUUCCAUCCAAUAAAAUUUGGAGGCCAGACAUUGUUUUGUACAACAAUGCUGUAGGUGACUUCCUUGUGGAAGACAAGACCAAGGCUCUGCUGAAGUUCGAUGGCACCAUCACCUGGGUUCCUCCAGCUAUUUUCAAAUCCUCCUGCCCCAUGGACAUCACCUACUUCCCCUUUGACUACCAGAACUGCUCCAUGAAGUUUGGCUCCUGGACGUACGACAAGGCCAAGAUUGACCUGGUGCUCAUUGGCUCAAAGGUGAACCUGAAAGACUUCUGGGAAAGUGGAGAGUGGGAGAUCAUCGACGCUCCAGGAUACAAGCAUGACAUCAAGUACAACUGCUGCGAGGAGAUCUACCCAGACAUCACCUACUCCUUCUACAUCCGCCGCCUGCCUCUCUUCUACACCAUCAACCUCAUCAUCCCCUGCCUCCUCAUCUCCUUCCUCACAGUGCUGGUCUUCUACCUCCCGUCUGACUGCGGCGAGAAGGUCACCCUGUGUAUCUCAGUCCUCCUCUCCCUCACUGUGUUCCUGCUGGUCAUCACUGAGACGAUCCCUUCCACGUCACUCGUCAUCCCUCUGAUCGGAGAGUACCUCCUCUUCACCAUGAUUUUCGUCACGCUCAGCAUCGUCAUCACUGUCUUUGUGCUGAAUGUCCACUACCGCACCCCCAUGACGCACACUAUGCCAGAGUGGGUGAGGUCUGUGUUCCUCGGGGUGCUGCCCAGGGUGAUGCUGAUGAGGCGGCCUAUCGACCAGGGCUGCUCCUCCCCUGCCAGUAUUACAGGAGGGACGGGAGGGGGUGAAAAAAGAAACAAGAAGAGAAAGAACAGCAUAGGAUCAGGAAGUGGCUCAGGAAGCGUAAGUGUUGGAGGUAUAACUGGGGGCGUAGCGUGUCCACCGCUUGAUGGUGGGGCAGGAGGCGGAGGCGCCACCUCAGCUGGCAGCUCCAUGAACUGUGUGGAGUACGGUGAGAUGAACCGUGACUUGAACCGUGAAAUGAACCGGGAAAUGAACCGGGAUAUGAACAGGAGGUGCCCCUACAGAGGCAAGGAGGUACCGACUCCUGUCCCUCCCCCAAUGGUGCCACCACCACCCCCUCCUCCACCACAGGCACCCCCGACACAAGGGCCCCAGGAGUCAGAGCUGCCCAAGCUGACGAGGCCCCUGAAUACCCCCUCGCCUGUCAAUGCUGUUGUUGCCUUCUCCGUGGUGUCUCCAGAGAUCAAGCAGGCCAUAGAGAGCGUGAAGUACAUCGCAGAGAACAUGAGGACUCGCAACAAAGCCAAAGAGGUGGAGGACGACUGGAAGUACGUAGCCAUGGUCAUCGACAGGAUCUUCCUGUGGGUUUUUGUGACAGUGUGUGUGCUGGGAACAGUGGGACUCUUCCUCCAGCCACUCAUCAGCUUCUUAAAAUGAGAAAACGUGUCUUUGUCUUGUCGACUUCUCUCUCUUUGUGUCCUCUUCUGUCGGUCUCUGUUCCCCCACUUUGGGAAUUAUCCCUCCUGCAGCUCUCUCACAUCAAACACUGAGCUGUCUUCUUUCUCCUUUUCUGGUGCUUUGUCUCUCCUCUCUCUGUCUCAUGCUUUUCUCUGGGACUCCAUCAUCAGCCAUCACUUCUAGCCCUCAGCUGUCUGUUUCCUCACAUGACUUACCCCGAUUUCCCCAUUUCAUCUUUGCCUUGCCCUCUCACUGUGCACGCAACACUGUUAUCCAGUUUCCUCCUCCCCAUCGCAGAUUUCUCUGACAUGAUUAUCACAUCUGCUCUCCUUUCCUCCUUCUCUGUCUCUUUCUCCUCUCCUGUGCCAUGUUUUGACCUGCCACUGCCUGCAGCUUAUCUCCUCACAGCCGUCUUCUCUCUCUCCCAUUGUGUUCGCUCUUC